GUUAGUUGUUUGUUGUGAUUAUACCUUUUGACAACUUUUUAUCAACCCUUGAUUUUACUUUUUCUUUUUGUGUGUGUGUGUGUGCUGUCGUUCAACGGCAGUUUCUUUUUGCAUUGUUAUUCAUUUAUUUAUUUGUUUUGGUUAACUUUGCUCUGUGGUUGAUGUUCUCUGAGAGAAGGAGGGAGGGUGAGAGAGAGAGAGUGAGUGAGAGAGUAAGAGAGAGAGAGAGAGCUCUGAGUCACAGUGGAUGUUUUUUUUUAACGUUUUAAGUUUUGACAGUCGCGGGUGAGCGUCUCUGUAAGAGGUCACCCAGUGCGUAUGUGUGGAUGAGAGAGAAAACGAGGUGCCUGAUGGGACAAGUGAAGGUGUAACAACCAACCCCUGAGGAUCAAGAGGUACAGAAACACCGGAGGAGAGGACCUGGCACCAUGAUUCGCAAAGAGUCAAAAAGCAGCAGGAAGUCCCGUCAGGAGGGUGGAUGUGUGAUAAAGCACAAGAGACCGGUGCAGAGGAGAAUGACAUGUCCCAGUCCUCAGGAGAUCAGCCGAGCUCUACAGAGCCCACCGGCUCACCCUUCGUUCCGCGCUGCCAGCCUGGAUGAGCUCAUCGUCCGAUGCCUUCACUGCUUCGACUCGGAUGGAAAGUUGAACAGAGGGACGCAGCUUGUUCACAUGACCCUAAUGAUGCAUAACUGGGUCGUACCGUCACACAUCUUCGCCCAUAAGCUACUUUCUUUAUAUAAAGAUUGUCCCGCAGAAAAGAGGACUCAGAGACGAUCCCAAAUCUGCCACUUCAUCAGGCAGUGGAUAACUCAGUUUCGGUUGAUGUUUGAGAUGGACCCUAUGUUAGAAGAAGCGAUGGGAGACCUCUGGGCUCUGGUCAGGGUUGAAGGAAACGAUUCACACAAUCAGCUCUUCAAUUCACCCUACAUUAAUCCUCCAGUGAACGUAUCUCAAACUGAAUCUCCCUCAGUAAAGAAAAGGAAGGUUUCGUUACUGUUCGACCACAUGGAGCCAGAUGAAAUGGCUGAACACCUCAGCUACUUAGAGUUCAAAAACUUCUGCAACGUCUCAUUCCUGGACUAUCGUAGUUACGUGGUUCAUGGUUCAGUGAGGCACAAUCCGGCCCUCGAGCGCUCUGUCAUGCUCUGUAACGGAGUCUCUCAGUGGGUCCAGCUCAUGAUCCUCAACAGACACACACCACAACAGCGAGCAGAAGUCUUCACUAAGUUCAUUCAUGUAGCACAGAAGCUGAGAGCCCUGCAGAAUUUCAAUACUUUGAUGGCGGUUAUAGGAGGACUGUGUCACAGCUCCAUUUCUCGUCUUAAAGAUACAGCCAGCCUGCUUUCCUCUGACGUCACAAAGACUCUCAGUGAGCUUACAGAGCUGCUGUCAUCCUACAGCAACUAUUCGAACUACAGACGGGUGUACAGCGAGUGCACCGGAUUCAAGGUGCCCAUCUUGGGCGUUCAUCUCAAAGAUCUGAUCUCCCUCAACGAAGCGCUUCCAGAUUACCUGGAGGACGAUAAGAUCAACCUGGGCAAACUGCAGCAUUUAUACAGCAACAUUAGCGACUUGCUGGCCAUCCAUGACUGCACCCCGCCAUUUGAAGCCAACAAAGACUUACUGCACCUGCUAACGCUCUCGCUAGACCUGUAUUACACUGAGGAUGAGAUAUACGAGCUCUCCUACGCCAAGGAACCCAAGAAUCCCAAAAUUCAGCCUGUAGCUCCAGUGAAGCCUCCCGUUGUAGCGGAGUGGGGAUCGGGAGUGACUCCUCGUAUGGACCCUGCCACCAUCUCCAAGCACGUUAAGCAGAUGGUAGAUUCCAUCAUGAAGAACUACGACUUGAACAUGGAUGGCUACAUUUCACUGGAGGACUUUGAGAAGAUCGCCGCAAACUUUCCCUUCUCGUUCUGCACACACGAGAGCGACAGAGAAGGAGAAAUAAGCAGAGAUGAAAUAACUUCCUAUUUCAUGCGAGGGAUGUCAGUGUGUGCUAAGCUUGGCGUCAGCCUUCACAACUUGCACAACUUCCACGAGACCACGUACAAGAGGCCGACAUUCUGCGACACCUGCGGAGGAUUUUUAUGGGGAGUCAUAAAGCAAGGCUACCACUGCAAAGACUGUGGAGUGAAUUGUCAUAAGCACUGUAAGGACGGUGUGGGAAUGGAGUGUUUGAAGAUGUUACAGGUGACCAGUAGCCCAUGUCCCUACACCCCUGGCCCUGGAUCAGGCACCCACACUAAAGGCAACUGGGGCUCCGAGGAGGAAGCGUUCAUCUUUCCUAAUGGAAACGGAUCCGAGCACUCCAAAGGCCAAACUUCGUCAGACAGCGACGCAGAGGCAUCCACGUUAUCAGACAUAUCCACUCAAACAGACCCAGGAGUUUGGACGCCGGUGGGUAAACGGAAAGACCGUCUGCGUUCUCUAAAACAUCCACCUCUUGAAAAGAUUGUUCUUGACGUUCGUUAAAUGUGAUGCAAUUCUGCCUGGAAGGACUAAUGCAAGGGAUUUUAUUUAAGGAAUUAAGAGCUUGUUUGAAACCGUAUGAAUGGUAAGAACUCUCUAUGCACCAGCAACGACUGCCAGUGAGGAGCACAUCAACAGACCUCGCAUCUCCACAAGUAUCCAAAGGUGGACCGCUACUGUACAGUAUAUCACUGAUCUCACUACCACUUGACUAAAUGGACUUUCUUGCCUUUAACUAUGAAGAGGUGCUUACUGCAAGAACUGUGCGUUGUCAACCAUAGCCUUAAUAUUCACAUUGGUGGAAAAAAAUCAACAGAGUUGUUCAUUUAAACAACAAGAAUGUAUCUCCACUGUUAAGGGAUGUUUGCUUUUGGUGCUGAUAUAAUACCCACAAUGCAUCAUUGUGCCUUAUGCAAUGAACAAUUCACUGAGCAGUAGACAAUGGGUCUUAUGUAACUUGUUAUAUUCAACAACUGUCCCGUCGCAAUUCAACAUCAUCACAAUCUGUUUCAUUAGCGCUCAUUGCUAUGAACUGAAUAGAUGUCUCAUUUAGCCUGCUUGCACACAUCCAUCAGCACUAAUGAAAGGAGAGGGGUGAACUGAGAUGAACCAUGAAUAUUGUGGAGCUAUUCAAUUGUGUUUUUCUAAUAUCGUGUCUGUGAAAUAUUUUGUCCUCUACAACUUGAAUGUCUGUUUUACUAAAUCUUGAAUUUAGGCUAUAGAUUUUUAUUUAUUGCGGAUUGAUAAAUCUGAAGUAUUUUCCAUAAAGCACUGCCUGAUGUGAUUAAAAAAUACAUGGGAAAAUGA